CACCCACAACACUUUCACGCGCCGUCGCCGCCGCCACCCUACUCGAGUCCGCGACCGUCGCGCCGUCAGUAUCUCUGGACGAGUCUUCGAUAAUCGAGCCAUCAAUCGACCAGCCGCUCUAAAGAUCGAUAUCAUCACAGCAUCGUAUUCGUCGCGCCUGCGCCAACCGGGAGAGAAGGGACGCAGACAGUGGGUGGGUAGGCCGUUCGCCAACUCGAGCCGGGGCAGGCUCUCGCAGUCAGCAUGGCGAGGGUGUACGCAGAUGUCAACCAGCAGAUGCCGCGCGCAUACUGGGACUACGACAGCGUGAAUAUCAGCUGGGGAGUCUUGGAGAACUACGAGGUGGUGCGCAAGAUAGGGCGCGGAAAGUACAGUGAGGUGUUUGAGGGUGUCAAUGUGGUUAAUUACCAGAAGUGCGUGAUCAAGGUGCUCAAGCCGGUCAAGAAGAAGAAGAUCAAGCGCGAGAUCAAGAUCCUGCAGAACCUGUCAGGCGGCCCCAACAUUGUCGCUCUACUCGAUGUCGUCCGGGACAGUCAAUCCAAGACGCCGAGCCUGAUCUUCGAGCACAUCAACAACACGGACUUUCGCACGCUGUAUCCCAAGUUCCAGGACUACGAUGUGCGAUAUUACAUUCUCGAGCUGCUGAAGGCGCUCGACUUCUGCCACAGCAAAGGCAUCAUGCACCGAGACGUGAAGCCCCACAACGUCAUGAUCGACCACGAGAACAGGAAGCUGCGCCUGAUCGACUGGGGUUUGGCCGAGUUCUACCACGCAGGCACAGAGUACAACGUCCGCGUCGCCAGUCGGUAUUUCAAGGGCCCCGAGUUACUGGUGGACUUCCAGGAAUAUGACUACAGCCUCGACCUGUGGUCUCUCGGUGCCAUGUUUGCUAGCAUGAUCUUCCGCAAAGAGCCUUUCUUCCACGGCAAUAGCAAUAGUGACCAGCUGGUCAAGAUCGCCAAGGUCCUGGGAACCGAAGACUUAUUCGAUUACCUGGACAAGUACGACAUUGAGCUGGACGCGCAAUACGAUGACAUCCUUGGCCGCUUUCCCAAAAAGAGCUGGCAGGCGUUCGUCAACUCCGAAAAUCAACGUUUCAUCAGCAACGAAGCGAUAGACUUCCUCGACAAGCUAUUGCGCUACGAUCAUCAGGAACGAUUGACUGCACUAGAGGCGCAGUCACAUCCGUACUUCGAUCCUGUCCGCCCAGUGGAGAUCAGCGCUGACUAGUAGUAUUUGAGUGAGAGUGAGAAGAGAUACCAAUUUGCCUAAAACAAAGCCGAGGAUUCAUUGACUCGACUAAGAACGCUCGAGUACCCGAGUAUGUAGUCUACUGUAAUGUUGCGCUUACUGCAAUGCGUAUAUAUUACAAAAAGUGCUACCAAGAUUGUCU